AUGCGGCUCCGGCUGCAGGGAGCCGCGCCGAGCGCUCGGCCCCCUCUCCUCCCCUCCCCCUCUGAAUAUUCAUCGCUUCCUCCCGCUCGGGCGGGCCGGCCGCUGCGGUGCUCCGCGGCCCCUCGCCGCCCUCUCGCCGCGGCCCCCGCCCCCAGCGAGCUGGCGGCGGGCGGGGAGUGGGCGGUGGCGAGCCCGGUGCACGCUCUGGCGUCUCCCCUCCCGCGGCCGGAGGGAGCGCCCCCUCCCUGUCCGCCUAGCCCUCCCACAUUCCUGGGACUCGGGACCCGAGACGCUGCUCCACUGUUCCAGAGCCACGAGCUAGUAUGGAUGGACGCUGGGCCAGGAAGUCAGAGAGCCUGCACAGAAGCUGGUCCAGUGAUUAGAGCCCCAGCUGUGGCAUAUGGCAAGCCCAGCUGUGCUAUAUACUGUGUAAUCCUGGUUGUGUGACUUGGAGAGAGAUGCCUCACCUCUCUUGACCACUCUAUGCUCCUGUGUAACAGGAAGAUACUACGGGUACCUGUCUACCGAGACUUGCCUGGCGAUUAAAUGAGAUCAUGGGUAAAGUCCCAAAGAGGGUGGGACAUAAGGUGAGCCCAUCUGGCAGCUGUCAUCACAAGUCCUGAUCUGAAAGGAGUUACAAAUUACCACGAAUACUGCUACUGUGCCCAGGCUCACGAGAAGAAACCGAAGAGCUCUAUCUACUGCACCAAGAAGUAAUGAGAGACAGUACCGAACCAAGGCAUGCUAGGGAGGGAAAGACUGAUUCUGACCAAAGGAAGAGGUGACACUUGAGCUGGGCUUUGAUGGAUGGUUGGGUUUCACCGGGCAGAGAGAGGGGAGCAGU